UCCUAACCCAAAUAACAUGAACGGCAUAUGACGCCGUGCUGCGCGGCGAAGUUUUUGACGGUCCCUUCUUCGCCCUGCAACAUAAAAACUGAUAUUUCUUCGAUAGAGGGCAUUCAUCUUCAUAUUCUUCAUGGCUCGCUUCAUCCUAACGAGUACUUUGUUUCCCUUGACUCUUCUUUUGACUUAUGUCACUUCGGCUCGGGCGGCCAGCAAUUCUACCCAAUGUCCUUCUGAUCCUUACCAAGACCCGAGCAACGACCCAUGUAAUGCCCUUGGCUAUAUCGCUAGCAAUACGCUAACUGCUGUCGCCAUUAGUUUUGCGCUGCUGAUCGCUGUCAUCCAAACCUACCGAAUCAUCUAUAAGGGUGCGAGAUGGAUGUGGCCCAUGGUCGUGGGGGAAUACAUUUAUGCCAUAGGCUUUGGGUUUCGCUUCGCUUUGCAUUAUAAUCCUGAUUCACUGGGGAUUUACAUCGCCGAAUACUUGAUGAUCGUUUUAUCUCCCUGUUUCUUCAUUGCCGCGAAUUACGUUCUCUUCGGUCGCCUUGUCAGGGAAAUCGGCUGCGUCCAUCAGGUCUUACUUCCAGUGAGACGGUUCACCCUCACGUUCGUCUUGUCCGACGUGACUACCUUUCUCGUCCAGGCGGUAGGAGCCUCAAUAACUACGUCUACCGUUUACAAUUCUGCUUUGUUAGGACUUCAUGUUUUUUUGGCCGGCCUCGUUUUGCAACUGGCCUCGUUCAUUUUCUUUUGUGCCAUUUAUGCACGAUUCAUCUACAAGGUUCACGCAGAGCCGGCCAUUUGGAUGCGAGACUCAAAGCAACACUGGAAUAGCGACUGGCGGACACUCGCUGCUGCCAUGGUGGUCAGUUGUAUCGGCAUUCUGAUUCGUUCAUGCUACCGUGUUGCGGAGAUUGCUCAGGGAUUUCACGGCAGCCUAGCAUCAAGUGAGACAGCCUUCUACCUGGGUGAUACACUUCCCAUUUUUGUGGCCAUCUUGAUCUACGUUCCAUUCUGGCCCGGAAUGUUCAUCACGGCCAGGCUAGCGCCCUCUGUCGACGAUUUGCAAAACGGUCAAGAGUUAUCAUUUUCUCGCAGUAAUUUAGGUUACAACCAUGAAGUGCCCAGCGGUGCUAGAUAACUACUGAUCACACUUGUUCCACUUUUAUUUAUUACUUAGUUUACUUGUGAUAUCAGGGCACACAUAGCACGCCUAUACAGGGACCUUGCGGCUCAGGUAGUGUUAGUUCACGGACAUUGUUUUAGUGGUAGUGCUCGAGUACUACGGGCCUGAAAAGUCUGGCGUGAACACUCCGAGUCAGGGGUUCAGUGUGACCAGGCGCGUGACAUAUAGAAUCACGCGUCAAUUCACAGCCGGACUUCAAAUUU